GCAAAGCAACAAAUGGAAGAGAAGUUAUCGCGUUUCAUCGAAGAGAACGCGCCUCUCUCAGGAACCCUCACCUCGUCAUCAGUAGAACUGCCCCCGCCCACCACUUCAAGCUCAAGGCCGCAAUCGCCUGGGGGCGGGGCUAUCGCUAAAGGGGGCGGAGCCUCAACUCAGAACAGCUCAUUGAACAUGUCCACAUCGUCGACUGUUAGUAGAAGGUCAGUGCUCGUACCCGGCAGUGGUCAGCCCGGAAUCGAUCCGGCCCUGCUGAGGCUGAUUGCCGAU